AUGGAUAAAGCCCUUACACAGAUGGAGGCUAACAAACUUAGUGGUGAAGGUGCAGAAGAGACAAACCAUCCUGAUCAGUUUAGUGGACUCGCUCCAAAAGUAAGAGGUUGGUUCAACAGAGAACGUCCAAUACAUGUUCCAAAUCUUCCAAAUGUUCCUUCUCCUCCUCCGGACACCUUAAGCUCUUCCAAAGGCACGCAGAAACCUGGUCACUGA